AUGGCAAAAGUAAGACAAACUGCACAUAAGAUCACUUCUGCUAGCAUACCUCGACACUCAGUUCAAUCAGCACCUGCGUUACUUACCGGAAACAGACAUGGUCGUGAUCGUGUUCGUGACCGAACCCUAGAUCGUGGUCGAGAUCGAGAUCGUGUUCGUGACAGAACCCCAGAUCUGAAUAAUCGGAGAAAUGAUUCAAAAGAUCGAGAAACAAGAGAAGUUAAUAGAUCAUUCAACCAUCCAAAUGAUGGGAAGAAAGACAAGUCGAAGAACCGUUCGGGUGGGCAGCAUGAUGAUCGAGGAGAAGUUCGAGAAAAAAACCAUGGGGAACGAACGGAAACUGGAUAUCGGAAACAUCAUGAUAUGAAGCUGACACCGUUGAACAUACGUCUUACAGAUUUGUAUGAGAAAAUAAGCAAGGAUUUGAGCCCCCCACGGCAUUUUCCAGCGGAGAUACGCGAUAAACGUGAUAAAAGUAAAUACUACAAUUAUCAUAAAGACAUUGGUCAUAAUACUGAGAAUUGUCUCUCCUUAAAGAUCGAAGUCCAGCGAAUGAUAGACGCUGGAAAGCUACAAGUGUACAUGAAAAAGGGAUUUUCGGAAAGUGGAAAUGGAGCAGAAAUUAUGGAGCUUGGAUACACAAAGAUCGAGUUUUCUGAAGCAGACAUGAUAGGUGUAUAUGCUCCCCACAAUGAUGUUAUUGUUAUAACAACUUGGAUUGGCAUGUUUCGUGUACACUGUAUUCUAGUGGGUACGAGAAGCUCAGUAAGUGUGUUGUUUUCAUGA